GGAGGUCUGACAAACCAAACAAGGCAGCAAGCAAGAAAUUCCCUUCCUGUUGAAAUCAGUAAUUCCUCCAUGCAGGCUGCUUUUUCAUGUGUGUGCUCUUUGUUUUGUGUCACUUCGAGAAGGGCUCUACUAAUAUUGUUUUAAAUAUAGCUUGCCCUGGGGUGAGGAGAUGCACAAGGAAAGAGUCGGCAAGCAGCCUGUCUCUCAGAAGAAAAAAACAAGCCUCACAGCACAGGAACUGGCUUCUCUGAAGUGCACAGUUUAGAAGUCAAAAAACUAUUCCAAAUACCACCAUUUUGGAGGAGGCUGAAGAAAAAGGACACAAAACUGGCUAACACAGUGAAGAAUAUGAUAAAUCAGGGUACAAAGUGCACCUAACUGCAGUUUGAGAGUGGGCUCUGAAGUACAAUGUAAGUCUUCUUUAAAUUGUAAUUUUUAUCAUUGUAUUUAGUUGCUUAAUUUGUAUUCUGAAGCCAGGCUGGGCCGAAAGGUAUAAUUAGCUAUAAAAAUCAGCAUGGAGCAAAAUGUGACAUCUCUGAUAUGAGGCUGAAAAUGAUACUGAAAUACAACUGAAGUCAGAGACUAUGAGCCUUAUUAUGGAAGAUGAACUAUAAAUAAAAGCAUAUCUAAUUACUUCAAGAGAAAGAUGCUGGAUGGAAUCUUUAAUCAACUUUCUUAAUAGAGAAGCGAGAGCUCUGCUGUUUUGUACGGCAGGCUAUUUUAAUACUGCUGUGUUUAAAAUUGUGUGAUUACAGUUACCAAUGGCAAUAAGAUAUAGCUCCAGAGGGGAGUCCUAGUGGUUGCAAAAGUUUUUUCUCUUUUAUUUCUCCAACAUUUUUGCUCUCUGAAGCCUCAAGUCCACGUUCUCUGUCCUACAGCCCGGUUUUGCUUUUCAGCUGGAUUUUCAAUGUAUGCCAACACUGGACUUUCUAAGUAAUUGAAAACAAAACAUUACAGCUUUCGGAUUAAUUCUGUUAUGUUUUUCUACAUCACGCUAGUGGGAAAAAUACAGUCAGCAGAAGACUAUGAUCCCUCAACUUUUUGCACGGACAGCUGAGGAAUAUAAAGCCUGAUGGUGACAAAGGGUGAUCAUUUACUAUUUCUCAGUAUUUAUCUUCCCAGUUGCGGACUUAGCAAUGGAUAUUCUUUGUGAUGAGGAGAGCUCUGUGAACCCAACUGCAAACUCCUUAAUACAAAUAAAUCAUGAAAGAAGACUCUACAGAAAUGUUUAUGGAGCUGGAGAGAUUAAUAUAUCACAUCUCUUUAACUUGACUGUGGACUCUGAAAACCUUACCAAUCUUUCAUGUGAAAGUAAAGUGAGUCCACCAUGCUACUCUUCCCUGUUUCAGCUUUCACAGAAAAACUGGCCAGCUUUGCUGACAGUGAUAGUGAUUGUUUUAACCAUUGCUGGAAAUAUUCUUGUCAUCAUGGCUGUGUCACUGGAGAAAAAACUACAGAAUGCCACUAACUAUUUUCUCAUGUCACUUGCAAUAGCUGAUAUGCUGCUGGGUUUCCUUGUCAUGCCUGUGUCAAUGUUAACCAUAUUGUACGGGUACACAUGGCCUCUGCCUACAAAGCUCUGUGCCAUUUGGAUCUACUUGGAUGUGCUUUUCUCCACUGCUUCCAUCAUGCACCUCUGCGCCAUCUCACUGGAUCGCUAUAUUGCCAUUCGAAACCCCAUCCAUCACAGCCGGUUUAACUCAAGAACUAAGGCUUUUGCAAAAAUAAUUGCUGUUUGGACCAUAUCAGUUGGUAUCUCCAUGCCUGUACCUGUCUUUGGACUACAAGAUGACUCCAAAGUGUUUAAGAAAGGCAGUUGCUUACUUGCAGAUGACAAUUUUGUCCUAGUAGGCUCUUUCGUGUCAUUCUUCAUCCCUCUAACCAUCAUGGUGGUCACCUACUUUUUAACUAUCAAGUCGCUGCAGAAGGAAGCUAUGCUAUGCGUGAAUGACAUUGGCCCAAAGACCAAGUUUGCUUCAUUUAGCUUCCUCCCUCAGAGUUCCUUGUCCUCAGAGAAACUCUUUCAGCGCUCUUUGAACAGAGAUGUGGGGACUUCUGGAAGGAGAACCAUGCAAUCCAUCAGCAACGAGCAGAAGGCUUCCAAAGUUCUUGGCAUUGUCUUCUUUCUGUUUGUUGUGAUGUGGUGCCCUUUUUUCAUCACCAAUGUGAUGGCUGUAAUUUGCAAAGAGUCAUGCAAUCAAGAAGUCAUUGGUGGACUACUUAAUGUAUUUGUUUGGAUUGGCUACCUUUCUUCAGCUGUCAACCCGCUUGUAUAUACGUUGUUCAAUAAAACCUACCGUUCAGCUUUCUCUCGUUACAUUCAGUGUCGCUACAAGGAGGAGAAGAAACCUUUCCAGCUGAUUUUAGUGAACACUAUCCCAGCACUUGCAUAUAAUUCUAGCCAGCUCCAGCUAGCACAAAUGAAGAGUUUGAAAAAAGAGGCAAAAAUGAUGGCUAAGGAUUAUUCAAUGGUCACAAUAGGAAUACAUCAUUUGGAUGGUACCUCCAAGGGAAGUAUCAGCCCAGCAAAUGAAAAAGUUAGCGGUGUGUGACGGUCAGCAGCUGCCAUGACAACCACCAUGCAUAUGCUGAAAAUUUCACCUGGCUGUGAGAAGCUCUUUCAGCCUAGGAAAAUCAGUCCUCUUCAAGAGACCCUUCAACAGCAUCACAUACACCUCAUAUUAUCCUGUGGAUGAAAAGCAGGGUUGAAAUUGUAUCGAAUGUGCAAUUUUUUUUUCAUACAGUACUUUGUCUGUUUUAAGCACAGGCUUUAUUAAAACUUAUUUUUUUAAUAUUCUAAAGGAUAUAUUUCUUAAAGAAAAAAUGCAAUUUCUGAUGUUAUAACAUGGGCUGUGAAGAAACAUACACAUUUCUUUUCUCUUUGCAAGUGAAAGCUAAGCUGUCCUUUCAUGUCUCCACAGAGUAGGCUCCAGCUAGUUUGUCUUGCUAUGAAGGAAUUUUGUUAUUAUUAACUGAAAGAGCACUUUAUGGAAUUUUAAAUAAAAUUAUGGUUAAUUUACUAAUAUAUAUUUAAAAUAAAUUUUAAAGCAUUAAAGAAAAAUCUAUUAAAACCUGUACAGAUUAAUUACAUGGACAUUUUGGUAACAGUGUUUUUACGGCAAUAUUUUCUUCUGAAUGCCUAUACUGAAAUGUUACUUCAGCCAUUCAUUCGUUCUACAAUUCAAACUAGCAAUCUUCAAAGGUAAAUUAUACUUGAAUGAUCCUUUUUUUUUAUUACCAUUCUUAAUCUUUAUUUCAUGUCUUGUACUUUAUUUCCAUUCAAAAAUGUUCAUCUAUUCUCUGUAAAACUUGCAAGUAAUUCUUUCUGAAGUAAUUACUGGGCCUGAUUACCUGCUCCUUCCCAAUGGCGUUGACAAGGAAGUGAAGUGAGACAAGAGUGAAAAAACAGGCAUAUCAUUGCUAAGUAAGUUCAGGAAUGCUUCCAUGUUCAUGCCUCUAUUUGGUUCCAACAGAGUCUGAUUUAAGAAAUGUGCGUGGAAAUUUUGCAUGGGUAAAUCCUUCAGUAAAAGGUUGCAGCAGGUCCUCUCUCACCAUCUCACUUUGGUUAAAAAGGCUAUUAUGAAUUCAUCCUUCUGGUUUUCUUUUAGGGCUAAUAGAGCCAGAAUUAUUAGAAAACUGUUCUGAGCUGUUUUACCCAUUUUUUCUGGUUUGCUGUUAUGGUAGAUUGCUCAGGAAUGGUAGGUAGCUUGCACUAUUAGGACUCAGCCUUAAUGAAAUACGUACGGGCAAAUGGGGCCCACUUGAAAAAUAACAGGACUUAUAAGUGUCAUUGUAUUUCACCUACACAGCUCCAAAGGCAGAUACAUUACAUAAAGAACAUAAAAUACAUCGCUGACAGAAAUGUCUAGUCAUGAAUUUGUUUCCUUUCAGGCAUCACAGACAAUUUCACUGAAGUGAGUGGGACUCCGCAGGAGAGCAGAAAUAUAAAUGUUGCAUUCACCUGCAAAACCUAAAUCCAAGCACUUGAUUUGUUCCAUCAAUUUUGCAGCUGUAAUCAUCAGAAACAGGAUGUAUUCCAGUUUCAGAACCUGUCCUCUCUGAAAAAAAACACUGCCUAUCUGGAAGCCAAACUCCAACACUUUCACCAGCCCUUCUCUUUAAGUUGUUUGGUUUUCACAAAUCAAUUAAAUUUCCACUACAGCAAAGAGAAAGAAACUAAUUCUGAUUCUAGCCUACCAGCUGAGGGUCUUUAAAAGAGGAUGACAUUUAGUUUUAAAUACUGAUCUAUGGUAAAAGAGGAUUCAAAAUUUGGCUGGGUAUCUGGCUGAUUUCCAAGAAAUUGGUUUUACUUUUCUCUUGCCAGUAUGAUACUGAAUUUACCAGUUUUAUGAGCUGUUUCCUCCAACGUGGGACAGGUCAGAGCACAGGUCACACAGGAGUUCUGCAUGCACACGAUAACACUGAUCUACUCCACAGCCCUCAGCCUCCAUGUCUGGGUCAAAUCCCGGUUGCAGCAAUACCAUGCAUGUCAUCCACUGGCUCAUGGCCGUUAAUGGUUUUCCCCCUUUUCCCCCAAAAACUGGGAAUGUAGGAUCAUCUGAUAAAGUGGUACAAACACUAUGCUCACAGAGGUGGGUCUAUGUGGUCUCUGUGUUUCUGGUUACACUUGAUCACCACAACGAAACCGAACAGCUUAAGCAGAAGGAAAACCAAACUCAUUGCUUGUGCCUCCCUAUGCACACUCUGCUCCCACACAGCGCCAUGUGAGGGGUGCCACGCCAGCACAAAAUGGAUUUCAGAAGGAAUCUGCUAAAUGCAGCUCAACAAGAGAACCACUGUUUUAUUAGGUGGGAGCGGUGACUUUACGCUGUUUCUUGACAAGUUUGGUAUAGAUCCUAAAUCAGGAGCUUUGAGCUAAGGCCAUCUUGUAUCACACAGGCCAGCCAGGCAAGGAUAAAGAACUGAUGGAGCACAAGGGGUCCAGGGCAUGCCAUGAAACAGGUUAUUUGUGUACCUCCUGGUGUCCAGAUGUUUCCACUCCACAACUGGAGUGAUAGCUCUGAGGAGUCACCCUUGGGAACAGGCACCCCAGGGAAGAAUUAGGUGGUAAUAAAACCAAAAGUCUUUUGAGAAAAAAAAGUCUGAGGCUCAGGAUCUGCCUACAAACGAAAUUGCCUUCAUAUGAAGAAUACUGACACAGGAUUGAAGGUCUCUAACCCUGCAUAUGAGGGGAAAGAAAACACAGGUAUUUCCACCAGUGGAGGGGAUUGCCAUGUUUUGUGCAAUCCGUGCCAAUCUUGAUGCAAGCGUCUCUGGCUUUGCAAGAGAAAAAAGUGGAUGGGGGGACAGCGGGUGGACAGCUCAGAUUCUAUUGCUCAUUUGUGUCAGUGAGCAGUGCCUGCCUUUAUGCUCUAUGAUGUAUUUGGCACCCCAUAGUUCUCCAAAACUCAAUUCCUCCUAAAACUCCUGAGAGUCUGACUGCUGGUCUGCACAGUCUCCUUCACCAGUUUGUACUUGAUAGAACCGUUACUAAGCAUUUAACAAUCACUGCUUAUGCUCUCCGCUUGCCGUCUGCAUUUCACCCACAUGGCAGAGCAAGUCACCUCCCUCUGCCCCCUGUUUCUCUUUCAUUUCACCUUGUGGUCCUCUUUUACAAUGUCAAAUUGCUCAGGUUGCAAAUACUGACAGGGAAUGUUUCGCUAAAAACAAAGAGAGUUUCAAUUACUAGCUUGCUAUUUCAUUAGAAGAUGACUCCAAACAAUAAUUUUUUUCCAGCUUCUUAAAAUAAAACCUAUGUUUCAGACCUAAGAGACUUGACAGCAUUUCUUUAAUUGACAGAUGGAGGUAACAGAACACUGUUUUUUGCUUAGAAGCAGGGAUACCUGAUGCCUGACAUUUUAAUUCUGUGAGCACUCAGAUAGGUGAUUUUAUUGAGUGAUCAGCAGCCUUUGCCUAAGAAGCCUCUCUAAGCCAAGGAUGCACAACAGAUAAAGACCAAUAUCUCCAACUCUUUAUGGACAUCUUUGACAGUUUAGCAAGGCCUGAUUCUGCCACCAAAAUAUUAAUAGAUUUUUGUGUGGUUUGCCUUAGUAAGGACGACAGAGUCAGCGUCUGAAUUUGUUCUACCCACCAUGCCAGAUCUGCGGGAGAUCAGUAGAUAGCAAUUAAUAGAGCCAUUAUACUUCAGAGACAUUACAAAGCUCACCUAUUUUAAACCAGAAUUUAUAGCGUUAGCCUUAUGCCUGGGAUAAACACUAUGGUUUAGUAUGUCUGGCUUCAGAGCAACACUUCCACUUUGCAAAAAAACCAUGAAUGUUUUCAUUAUGCAUCAGGCUGGAGUGGAAACUUUUGUAAUUUUCCAGGCAAAACAAAGAAGGCAUUCACACAGACUAGCUCAGAGGUUAGGGCCUUCCUUUACCCUACAGGAAAAGCAUGCUGAGUCAGUCUGUCAUAUCUGCAUCCAAAAAACCUGCUUUGUCGGAAAAAAAAUGUUAUAAUCAAUAAUUUUUCAAGUAGAUCAACAUUUUAUUACUGUUAAGACUGAAUCUGAAAAAUGUCCAAAGACAUAAAGCUCACCGAGUAUCUCCUAAGCUGGUGUGCAUCCUUUAUACACUUCAGGGUAAAAAAUCCUAUGUAUCUAUCCCAUCCAGCCAACCAUGCACUGUACUUAUGUAAUUAUUGCCAGAUGGUGAGAUGCAUUCUAUUUUGAAUACUUAAAUGUUUGCUUAUGUAAAUACAUAGAGAAAAACAUUUGCUGUAUUUUGUAAUGCUAAUGUAAAACGGUGUUCCAACGCUUUGUUGUUUUGUCAGAGUCUACUGCUAGUAAAGCAGAUUAAAAUAUUUAAAUGCCAUCAAUUGUUUUAUAAACUGGAGGUUUGUCUUAAGUAGUUAUUUUGGUUUGGUUUCAUUUAUCUCAUACAUACUCAUGGUAGAAUGUCUACUGAAGGCUAAAGUAAUUUAAAAUAUCUUGCUGGACAAAGAGAAAAAGCAUGUUGCAGAAUUUAACUGUCUAAGUAAGGUAGUCCAAAAUGAGCCAUUACAGUAAUUUUCUUUUUCUAAGGACAGCCAUUCUUCUACUGAAAGCACGUACUCUUUGAACAAGUAUAAAUAGCUUAGAAGGUUUUGAUCUCAGAAACAAUAUAUUUGCAAUAGUAGUAUGCCAAUUAAAGAAACAGCACUAUAAGAUUA